AUGGCGGCGACGAAAUAUUCCCACCCGUUCCUAUACGGUUUAAAACCAUUUCCAGAGGGACACGACGACGAAAUACAGGAAGUAAGAGAAUGGAUGAAAAGUCAGCCGCACUUGCCGUACAUAUCAGAUGAGUUCAUUGUGCUUUUUCUUCACUCUAACUACUACAAGGUGAAGGAAUCCGAAACCACUAUAGAAGCUUACUUUACUCUUAGAUACAAUACGCCUGAACUUUUUACACAACGUGAUCCUUUGCUGCCAAAAAAUAAAGUCAUUCUGGAAGUGACGCAAAUGGUGGCGUUACCCAAAGUAACACCGGAAGGACACCAUAUUCUGUUAUACCGUCUAGCAGACACAGAUUAUAGUAAGUUGUGCUUCGCAGACGCAGUGAGAGUCUUCUGCAUGUUUAAUGAUAUCAAACUGUCAGUGGACAGCCUCUCUGAAGGAUAUAUUGUGAUUUUCGAUAUGAAAGGAUGUAGUAUUGGACAUUUGACCAGAGUGACUCUACCCGCACUAAGAGCUUUUAUGCAAUAUAUUCAAGUAGCCCACCCAGCGCGCCUUAAAAAGAUUCACGUUGUUCACACAGUUUCCUUCAUCAAUCAAGUCAUGUGCUUAGUCAAGCCCCUCAUUCAUUCCAACCUCUAUAACCUUCUCAAUUUCUCAUCUGAUGGACCAGCCUCCGUAGUAGACUUAGAAUACUUGCCCGAAGAUUAUGGCGGCCCACUUCGAUCAGUCAAGGACCUUCAUGAGGAACAGAAACAUAGUAUGGAGACUGAAUAUAGGGAAUGGCUUAUGGAGUCCGAAAUAUUCAAAACGGACGAAACGAAGAGAAUAAAGAAGCCAAGCAAAGGGUUGUUUGCUACUCUUACUAGUUCAUUCAGGGGUAUUGAUAUUGAUUGA